AUGAGGGAAAAUCUAGCAGCAUCACGUAUGACUUUGUCGCUUAUGAAUCAAUCGGAUCCAAACGAACGUGAAUUACGUCUAUGGUUGCUUUCAGCCAAUACCCAACGCGGUGUCACCUACUAUCGCAUUGCGGGACGAUUCACCUCUAGUGGUCAGUCAUGGGAAGUGAGUCAUCGGUACUCGGAGUUCCUGAAACUGCGUGACCAACUGGUUAAAUUCCUUUCAGCGUCCACAGACAAGUGUCCAGGCUGUCGCAACUAUCUGCAUUCAAUUCAACGGUUUGAAUUUCCAAAAAAGCAUCUCUUUGCAUCCAGAGCCCCACCGGUUGUUAAUUACCGUGUAAAAGCUCUGCGCUCGUUUAUCAACUUGUUGGCUUCAUGGGCCUUUUCCAAGACGCCCAAGUGCCCAACAUGUGGAGGUUAUGCUUUCGAUGUCGUACGUGAUUUCGUGCUAGAUGGCUGCGCCUUAUCGGCCGAUGCAGACAUGAACUCGAUCAGGGAAUCGGUGACUAUUCAAGCUUUCGCCAAGCCCAAUUUGAGCAGUUCAAGAGGAUCGAAGACUCCUACGUGGAUGACAAGUUCAUUUGAAAACCUGGACAUGACACAGAGCAUGGAUGUGCCAAACGAAAGAGCGCUAUCGAAACUGUUGGAUGGACCGAAGCUGAGAGAGGCCCCAGUCUCACGAUCAAGUCAACGUGAGAUACUGCGCGAGAAACAGCCAGCGAUGGUGCAAGAGAAAGCAACGAGAGAAAUGUCUCAUAAGCAGCCGUCGGCUGAGCAGCAACAGCGGAGACGCCACCAAGACAUCGACCCAUACGACGCCUUCAAUGAUUACUUGCCCGAGAGGCAGUCAAAGGUCAAGAAAGCAACUCAGUCGAGCAUGGAACAGAAGAUUCAGAAAGGCAAGUUCACGUCGAGACCGUUGCAUGAAUCCAUUGAUGAGAGACGACAGCGGUAUCAGCAAGAAGAGGAAAAGGCUAGUGCGUACCAGCAAAAGCACCGAAGUGAGCCGUGCAAUUUGAUAGCACGUCGUUCACUGGCAGAGAACGAGCUAUCUGUGGGCAGCAGAGUCUUUGAGAGUCCACACUCUAGCGAGAGAGUGGCAAGCCAGAACAGCUUCAGUGCUGAGAGCUUGAUCUCGGAGACCGAGCCCAUCUUUGUUCGUGGUGAUGAGCUCCAGCGCGACGGACUUUCAGACGACAAGAGAGAGGACAGGAGAUCCAUCAGUAGUGUGUAUUCGGGCGACGAUGAGCUCGAGCUGACGGGUGUGACUAUGGUGUCGCCUCCACAUGAACGCAUCAAGAGCAGCGUCGACAAUUUGUGGCAGCCAUGGGAGCUAGCUCGAGUGGCUUAA